UAAGGGUCAGAACCUACAGCAAGGGUAAAUAUUUAACCGAAAUUUCUUGAUUGCUAACUUCGAGCUAACAAGGAAGAGUCAUUUAGUUUAACAGGCUGGAGAGUGUGACAGAGCUGGCAUUGUGCAAUGACUACCCUGCACGGGAAACCGAGAUAUUAGAUAAAUAGAGAAUCAUUGGGGUGGAAUAUUGACCUUUGACGUCAAGAUGAACCAACCUGAUACCUGGAGGCUGGUGAACUUCAAAGAGAACACCUGGCACCAACAAAGUGUAAUAUGCAAAAGGUCCUUCCAGACCCGCUUCAUGCAGAAGGACGGCAGCUGCAAUGUCUACUUCAAGAGCAUCCUUGGGGAGUGGGAAAGCUACGUGGUAGAUAUCUUUACCACAUUGGUCGAUAUGAAGUGGCGUCACAUGCUUAUAAUCUUCACCUUAUCGUACAUCCUGUCCUGGCUGUUGUUCGGCUUCAUCUUUUGGCUCAUAGCUCUUCAACAUGGAGAUCUAAGCAACAUGGACAUAGCGCCUUGCGUUGACAACGUGCACACGUUUGCGGGGGCGUUUUUAUUCUCUUUGGAGACGCAAACAACCAUCGGUUAUGGCAGCCGUUGCGUAACGGAGCAGUGCUCAUUCGCCAUUAUAAUGGUAACCAUCCAGUCAGUAUUAAGCUGCAUCAUUGACACCUUCAUCAUUGGGGCAGCAAUGGCUAAGAUGGCCACUGCCCGUAAAAGGGCGCAGACUAUACGCUUUAGUUACUUUGCACUUGUGGGGUUGCGGGACGGCAAACUGUGCCUCAUGUGGCGUAUUGCUGACUUUCGAUCAAACCAUGUCGUUGAAGGAAACGCAAGAGCUCAGCUUCUGCGUUAUUAUGAAGACCACGAAAAGGGAAUCACCAUGGAAUACAAAGACCUAAAACUGGUGAAUGAGCAGAUCAUAUUGGUGACGCCAGUCACUGUCGUGCAUGUUAUUGACGAAGACAGUCCCCUGUAUACUCUGGAUCGUAAAGCCUUGGCCGCGGACAGGUUUGAGAUCUUAGUUACGUUCAUCUACACGGGCGACUCCACUGGAACAUCUCACCAGUCUCGAACAUCCUACCUGCCACGGGAAAUCCUCUGGGGUUUCCGGUUCAACAAUAUCUUGCAGGCCAAGAAGAAAUAUUACAAGGUGGACUGUGAGCAGUUUGAGGAAAUGACCGAGUACUAUGCCCCGUUCUGCAGCGCCAAACAACUUGACAUAAAUUCCAUGCCUACUAGCCCAACCGCAAGUUCAGCGCUCAACGGGUUCUCUUUCGAGGCACCUCCAAACACAGCACGUAUUAGGCUAUCCAGUAGAAUCACAUCUGCAGACCCAUUGACCGCCAUCUUUCACAUUUCUGAAUCGAAGGAUUCUGUGCUAAAUGAUUUAUCUAAAGUGGCAUCCACAAGCUCGAUGCCCAAUGGGUUAUUCCACGCGCCACAGAAUAUGACCGCCGUGGCAUCUCUUGGUACUGCAGACGACAAUAGAGAAGACCUCGCAGGAUAUAACAUAAGAGAGGACAUCGAGGACAAGUCCUAUCACAGGGUCUUCAAGACUUUAAGUAAGAUAUCGCUGGAAUCCUAA